GAGGUUUGAAGGAAAUAGGGUUCAAGAAUUCAGGAACACCUGGGUUCCUCUCCUGGGUGACUUGUGGGGGGACAGGCUGUUGGAGCAUUGGGGUCUCCAUCCUUCUCCACCACAGGAUGUGGGUUCCUGCAGGCUGUACCAAACCCCUGUGGGAUUUGGGUUCUCCAUGCAGCCAGGGCUGGCCUUGCUUAUCAGCCCCAAGAGGCAGAUUUUAGCCCAGAGGUUUUGCGAGUACUGACUGUCCCCAAGGGGUGGGUCAGGGUCCAGCUGUACCCCCCGGGAGCUUUUUGUAUCAGGUUUGUGGCUCUGCAUUCCAUGAACUGUGUCUUGGGAACAGCCCUGGGCUGGUGAGGGCUGUGUGGACAAGUGGAUGAGGCAGCCCUGGGCAUGUAGCCAAAGAAGUCAAAGGCUUAACCUGCCUCAGAACCGGUGAGCUGCCUGAGCUGCCUGAGCCCUGUUUCAGCAGGGUGCCAGCUAGGGAGUGCACGUGCCCUAUGCCCCACACUAGUAGCUCCUGGGGAGGCCAGGUCCAGUUCAUGCCAUGGGAACCUGGAGGAAACCACCAGCAUGCUGUGUUUGGAGUGGCUGCCUUCCAAUGCCUUGGUUCAAUGUCCUGCUGUGCCCAGUAUCCCACCCUAGCAGUGCCUUGGCCAUGCCAUGAAGCAAACAAGGGGAAGAAGUGUCCUCAUCUACCCCAGCCAUCCUCAGAGACAGAGCUGGAGCAGUGCCACCAUGCUAGGUGUCCAUAUCCAAUUGCUGGGGUCACCAGGGUUCCAGAGGCUCUUGUUUUGGGGUGCUAGCUUGCCCCACCACAAUACUCUCUCACCCUACUGGGGUGAGCCAGCAGUUCCUGCCCCACCGGCAAUGCACACUGUAAUUAGCUCGGGCAGGGCGGAAGCAUCACUGAUAAUUGGCUGUGACUCUUCAGCUCAGAGUCUCACGUGCCUGGGGCACGGCAGGACUUUCCGGCAGGGCUGGUCUGUGGCACCGGCUGCCAUCCCAGUGUGUUGGCCGCCGUGCGGGGCCUGGUUGGUUCCCCAGCAUCCAAGUGGGGACAAGGUUGAGUGCAGGGUGUGGGGACGAGCGUUGUCAUCUCGUUUGCUUCGUGCCACAGCACGCCCUGGUCCCACCACCCCUUCCUAAAACGCACAGCUGCAGGGUGUUGCCAGCACAGACGGUGAGAGCACGGGGACCAGGCGGAGGUGGACGAAGGAAAGGCAGAGGACAAGAGUUAAAGGGUUCUGAGGUUUGGUUUUGCUGGCUGGGCUUUGCUCAGGGAUCUCCUGUAGCAUCCACCUGACCCCACAGGAGGGGACGUGACCCGCGUUGUGCCCUCACAGGGGCAGGCACCCGCAGCACCAUGAACCGGAUCACGGUGUACGAGCGUGCCAACUUUGAGGGGCUGAGCCGAGAGUUCACCUGCGACGUACCUGACCUGCACGAGCUGGAUUUUGGGGACUGCAUUGCCUCCCUGAAGGUGGAGGGGCAGCCAUGGAUUGCCUACACGGACCCCAAGUACGAGGGGGAGCCGCACGCCUUCGAGGAGGGCGAGUACCCCUCUGUGGAUCGACCCAACAGCUUCUCGGCACUGCGCCUUGUGCACCAUGACCUGGGGGACCCCCAGAUCACCCUCUACGAGCACCCCAACUUCCAAGGCGCCUGCAAGGUGGUGACAGAGGAGACCAACUUGGCAUAUGGGUACUUCAACGACCGGGUGGCGUCCCACGUGGUGCAGCGAGGUGUCUGGCUGCUCUACCAGCAUCCCGGCCGGGGAGGCUGGCACUGCCUGGCAUGGCCCGGCGAGCGGCUCGCUGACUACAAACUGGAGCUGAACUUUCAGUCUCGGCUGUCCCACCUGCGCCCGCUACGGCCCGGGCGGCCCCUGGUCUCAGCACGUCUCCUUUGGGAACAGAAGCGGGUGGAGGAGGAGCGGGAGGUGCUGGUGGAUGAGAUUGAGGGGGUGAACGAGACAGAGUCGGAGCAGGCGCUGGCAGCCAGCAGCAGCCGGGAGUAUGGCACCACACUCUGGCAGAGCUUCCACUUCAGCAACGCCACCAGCCUCAAAGCCGGGAUCUCCUUCACGCUGACCGUGGAAGCUGCCAACAGCUUUACGGUGCAGAAAGGGCGCAGCGAAACCAGCACUCGCCGGCAGCGCGUGGAGGUGCAGCUGCCGGCCAAGAUCCCUCCGCGCACUGCGCUCAGCAUCCAAGUCCUUCGGAAGGAGGUGACGCUCUCCGUCCCAGUCCUGCUCACCAUCACCCAGAACGAGAACGUUCAUACGGAGAUGGGCGAGUACCGCAGCGUCUCAGGUACCAAUGUCAGUGCCCGCUAUAGCUUAAAGCCACUGCCAGCUACGCGCAGGGAGCAGGCAGCCACCAAGGGGACAGACACAGUGCCUGGCACCGGGAGGGAGCUAUAGCUCUGUGGCGGCGCUAAGCAAUGGCUGUCCCCUCCGUGGUGUGGGACUCACUGUGACACCACCGUUGACUCCAGCACCCACCGAUGGAGGAGCCAGGAGCUGCCUUGUCUGGUUGUGUCCGGUGGCUCUGGCUGGCAGGACCUGCCAGUGCC